UUCCGGUCUUCUGCACGGCAGUGAAUGAUUUCCCCCGGGCCGGAGGUGGGCUUCUCCGCGACCCACCUGAGCCCGCGGUCGCAUCGCCCAAGCGGGCGAGCCUGCCAUAACUGCCCCGGCACCGGGGACCAUGGCCACGGAUUCUUGGGCCCUAGCAGUGGAUGAGCAGGAGGCCGCGGCUGAGUCGUUGAGCAACUUGCAUCUUAAGGAGGAGAAAAUCAAACCAGAUGCCAAUGGUGCUGUUGUUAAGACCAAUGCUACUGCAGAGAAAGCAGAAGAAGAUGAGAAAGAGGACAGAGCUGCUCAGUCUUUGCUCAACAAGCUGAUCAGAAGCAAUCUUGUGGAUAACACCAACCAAGUGGAAGUGCUGCAGAGGGACCCAAACUCCCCGCUCUACUCAGUGAAGUCUUUCGAAGAGCUUCGCCUGAAACCACAGCUUCUCCAAGGAGUCUAUGCCAUGGGCUUUAAUCGACCAUCCAAGAUCCAGGAGAAUGCAUUGCCCAUGAUGCUUGCUGAACCCCCUCAGAACCUGAUUGCCCAGUCUCAGUCUGGUACUGGGAAAACGGCUGCCUUUGUCCUAGCCAUGCUCAGCAGAGUGGAGCCAGCAGACAGACACCCUCAGUGCUUGUGCCUGUCCCCAACAUACGAGCUGGCACUUCAAACAGGAAAAGUGAUUGAGCAGAUGGGCAAGUUUCAUCCAGAACUGAAGCUAGCUUAUGCCGUGCGAGGCAAUAAAUUGGAAAGAGGCCAGAAGGUCAGUGAGCAGAUUGUCAUCGGCACCCCGGGGACCGUACUGGACUGGUGCUCCAAGCUGAAGUUCAUUGACCCCAAGAAGAUCAAGGUGUUUGUUCUGGACGAGGCUGACGUGAUGAUAGCAACUCAGGGCCACCAAGACCAGAGCAUCCGCAUCCAGAGGAUGCUGCCCAGAAACUGCCAGAUGCUGCUUUUCUCUGCCACCUUUGAAGACUCGGUGUGGAAGUUUGCCCAGAAGGUGGUCCCAGACCCCAACAUCAUCAAACUGAAGCGCGAAGAGGAGACUUUGGACACCAUCAAACAGUAUUAUGUCCUUUGCAAUAACAGAGAGGAGAAGUUCCAGGCCCUGUGCAACCUGUAUGGGGCCAUCACCAUCGCCCAAGCCAUGAUCUUCUGCCACACCCGCAAAACAGCUAGCUGGCUGGCAGCAGAACUCUCCAGAGAGGGCCACCAGGUGGCUCUGCUGAGUGGAGAGAUGAUGGUGGAACAGAGGGCUGCUGUGAUUGAGCGCUUCCGAGAAGGCAAAGAGAAGGUUCUGGUGACCACCAACGUGUGUGCCCGGGGUAUUGAUGUUGAACAAGUGUCUGUCGUCAUCAAUUUUGACCUUCCUGUGGACAAGGACGGGAACCCAGACAACGAGACCUACCUGCACCGCAUUGGGCGCACGGGCCGCUUUGGCAAGAGGGGUCUGGCCGUCAACAUGGUUGACAGCAAGCACAGCAUGAAUAUCCUCAACAGGAUCCAGGAGCAUUUUAAUAAGAAGAUAGAGAGAUUGGAUACAGAUGAUUUGGAUGAGAUCGAGAAAAUAGCCAACUGAGAAGCUUCUCCGGCGGCUGGCGUCACCCUCAGCACUGUCCCUGCCUGGGAGCCUCGAGCUUUCAUGGCAUAGGCCUUGACAGGCACCUCAAAGACCAAGGCCUGAGUAGAGACUACCUACCUCAUUCAGAAUUACGUUUGGACUUGACAGAAAUUUGAGCAAAUGGUAGGAGGAAACCUAAGGAAAAUACUGCAUUUUAGAAAACAGUCCUAACUAACUGGGUGUGGUGGAAAAAUGCCUUUAUUUCCAGCACUUGGGAGGCAGAGGCAUAUGGAUCUCUGAGUUCAAGGGCAGCCAGAGAUACAUAGUGAGACCCUGUCUCCAUGAAAGACAUGGAGCUCUUAGCUCUACUUGCUUUAAAGCCAGUUUUGUCUUUGAUGAUAAUAUGGUUGCUGUUGGUGAUAUUUGGGCCCCAGUCCUUGCUGCCCACUCUCUGCCUGCAAGUGUUUGGACCAACCACCUCCUUGAAUAAAUGACAGUGGAAAAGGUGGUUCAGGGAGGCCAGGAGAGACAUGGCUGUAGCCCAAUUGCCUCUGACAGAGCCAGUAGAGACCCUCUGCACUCCACAUCCCAUACCACCACCUCCCUCCCUCCCUGCUGAGCUUCUUGGCUACCUUAUUCUU